UCACUCACAGAGAUCGAAUUCGGUAAUAAGUACAAUCAACCUAUAGUCCAAGGUAGUCUACCUGCAUCACUCACCAAGAUUGUCUUUGGACGAUAUUUCAAUCAACCGAUUGAAGUUGGAUGUCUGCCCACCUCUCUAACAUACCUUGGCAUUCAAUCAAACUUUUACAAUCAUGACAUACUGCCUGGCACUCUACCAGACUCCAUCACACAUAUAAGUAUGCUACAUUAUAUACGUUCAAAGAUACAUGAGGGAGCGCUGCCACAAUCACUCACCUCAAUGUAUCUCUCUAUUAUUCUCUUGGUUAGUAUCAAAGACAAUGUGAUACCAAAGUCAAUCAGGUCGUUGGAGUUAGUAAUGUGCGACACAAACUUAGACUGGCUUGAAUCGUUUCCAGAUGUGGAGUGCAUGACUUUCCAUGGUCAUGCAUUCACAAAAGAUUCCAUGCCAGAUUGGGAUCAGGAAAGUAGUAUAAAGACACUGCGUUUGGAACAAAGGGUCAUUCGAUUAACAGCUGGAAUGCUUCCACCAACUUUGACACAUCUAACCUUGGGCGAUUACUUCAACCAGCCACUUACUUCCGGCUUGCUACCAGACAGCCUCAUCGAACUCCACAUUGGCAACAGCUUUGAUCAUCCAAUCCUUGGCCUCCCCAACUCGCUGACCAUCCUCACGAUUAGCGAUAAAUUUGAUCAGCCAUUGACCUCCCGGCUACUCCCACAAUUGACCAAGUUGAAGCUGGGCAAUAGUUUCAGACAAUUAUUGCCAGGCUCCAUGAAAUCGCUCAAAUGUCUUGCCAUUGGUGAGGCGUUUAUCGACAAGAUCAUUGAGGAUCUGGGGAUGAAGUCAAACACAACUCCUCAAUUCAAGCAGCCAUUGGAGUUGAUCUGGUGUUCAUAUGUAACGUUAUUGAGGAAACCGCUCCGAGUGAUCAGGUCAGACGCAUUGAUCGACACACAGUCCUCUGUUUGUUGGAAAUAUCCAAGAACACAAUCAAAUUGGUAUUGCGUCAAAAGUCCAUCGAGAACUCAAGAAUAUCAA